AUGGCUGGCCGUGGAAAAACCCUCGGAUCUGGAGUCGCCAAGAAAGCGACGUCAAGGAGCAGCAAAGCCGGUCUCCAAUUCCCCGUCGGUCGUAUCGCCAGAUUCCUCAAAAACGGCAAAUACGCCGAGCGUGUUGGUGCCGGAGCUCCGGUCUACUUAGCCGCCGUCCUCGAAUACCUCGCCGCAGAAGUUCUAGAAUUGGCGGGGAACGCAGCGAGGGACAACAAGAAGACUAGGAUCGUGCCACGUCAUAUUCAGUUGGCGGUGAGGAAUGAUGAGGAGUUGAGUAAGUUGCUUGGGGAUGUGACGAUUGCUAAUGGUGGUGUGAUGCCGAAUAUUCAUAACCUUCUUCUUCCGAAGAAGGCUGGUGGUGGUGCUUCCAAGCCUUCCGGUGAUGAUGAGUAGAUUUUUUAGUUUUUGUGUUGUUGUUUGGGGAUGAUUUUAAUGUGUAGGGUUGGAUUUAGAUUAGGGGUUUGUUUUUUUUUCUCUCUCUUUUGUUACGUUAAGACUACGGUGUAGAGUCGUUCUCGUUUUUAAUGAAAUUAUGUGUUCUUUAUAUAUGGUGUGUUAUGUUUGAUUCUCUAUUUAA